AUGGAGACGGUCAACGAUACUAAUCACGACAAUGCACCAACAAGGCAGAGCUCAAAGUUAUCUCUGGGGUCCUCUCCUUCUGCAUUAAGCGUGGACGAACAGUUGGACGGUGACGAUGGACCUUUAACCCCUUCUGAACGCUUGGAUGAUGACGACGGUUUAUUUGGCAGUGCUGUGCAUGCUUAUUCACCCGAACCACUGUCAAACGAAGUAACAGAUAUUGACAAUCCUAAUGAUGACGAUUUACAUAACGAACAGUACUCUGCAUCUCCUUUAUCCUCUGUUCCCGACGAUUUUCCUCUCUCACGUUCCGUGUCACCCGAGCCUGUGGAUAUACCGUUACUAGGCAAACGCAAGAAGGAAGAAGAUGAAGAUGCUGGUGAGGAAAUUGAAGACAACGAUAAUAUCGAUACAGUCAAUGGGAAAAAGCGACAGAAACAAGAUGAAGCAUCGCCGACGACUGUGAAAAAGGAAGAGACAACCGAUCACGACCCUAGCCAUGAUACCACCCAUGAAGAGACCAUCAAAGAGACAGAGACCACCGAUGCGGAUCACAUUGCGGGACGAAGUGCGAAACGACGAGCAUCACGGGCCACAGAAGCGGAUGAGACAAAAAGCCGGCGGAAACAGAGUAGGCAGGAGACAGGGUCUGCAGAGAUUGAACCGCCAGACAAUGCAUCAAAAAUCGAAGAAUCGGAAGAAUCCAAAGAGUCUGAAGAGAAAAAAGAAGGAAAUAACACAAUGGAGGCGAAUUCCACACGAAGAACUUCCAAUAAUAAAGAGAAUCAACCCGUCAUGCGGAUAAAGACAGCAUCCACAACGUCUGGAGAAACCGAAGCAGAAGCGGAAGAGGAUCAGCAAGACAAAGCGGCAGAGGAAGGAACCGAAGACGAGGAUCAGGAAUAUCAAAGACGACAUAAAGAAGCCCUGGAAGCGUUGACACAUAUAGAAAUCGAAUUUGCCAGACUCCGCGAUAAAAUGUAUAAGGAGAAAAUGGCGGAACUAAAUCAGGAAGCGCUCAUGAUCGCUAAUGGGACUCAUCCGGAAUUAGUAACGCUCAUGGAGGAGAUUGAAGAGAAGAAAGAACGACGAAUUCGCAGUGCAGAGGCAUGGCGACGAUAUCAACAUGAAAACUUUAAACAACAGUUUGAAGGUUUUGAAUACCAAGCAAAUGUUCAUUUUAUUUCACAACGUCAAGCGUUACGAAGGCAGUUGCUGAGUACAGUGAAUGAGAGACGAUGGGCUAUGGAUGUGGAGCGGUCGGAAGAUGCGUUUCCAGAUGGUCAUGCCAUGCUGUUACACAAACGCGAGCAACGAGAAGAAGUUGCCGAACUACAAGAUAUCAAAGAGGCCAUUGGUUUCCCGGUGGCACCAAAAACAUCUGGAUUAUCAUCAAAAGACAUUGAAGAUGAUCUAAGACUGUUACUCACCGGAUAA